AUGGAACUUGUGCAAGUCAAUAAUUCGCAGCAGGUAUCGCAAUUCUGUUUUACAAGUAACACGAAAUUUCAACAGGGUCGUUUUGUGCGCUUUGAUAACGGUCAUGGAGUAUUGGCGUGCUGCGCAAGUGGCCUUCACUUUGUUUUUGGUCCGGAAGCAAUUGACCUUGGACCAUGUUGCGAUUCUAGUUGUGAAGAUUGGGCAAGAAUUCUGAAACCUGAUGAUAUUUUGCUAUUUUCUCGAGGCUACAAUUAUCUAUCAAACAAUAUAAUUUUGCGAACUGCGAAACAAGUGGUAGUCCCGGAAACCUGCAAUGAUUGUAAUUUUCUGAGCGUGGUUUUACGUCAGCAAUUCCCUACUUCUGUUGAUGGUGCUACCGCUGCUGUUUUCUGUCCACCUUUUGGUAUCAUCAAGUUGCACAAAUUUGCAUUCGGUUAUGAACCGUGUAGUUCUUGGCCUCUGAUGGUAGGCGCGCGCUUUUGGGUAGCUUUAGACAAAGAGGGACCUGGUAUUAGAGUAUGGAAAAUUCAUAAAAAAGCGGAUAAUUGUGAGUUUGGCCGAGGAACUACACAAUUAAUGGUUUCAGUACCGAGGCUUCAUCUAUGGCAGUGGAAUCAAGCAUUUGAUGAAUCUGGAGUGUUCUCAAUAACUGAAUAUAUUCUGAAGUGUUUGAAUGAAAAAAAACUCGAGAUAAGUGUAGAAAAAGAUGAAAUGAAUUGGCAAGAAGGUCUACUGAGUAUAGAGAAUGAUGCUCAGAAUUGUGAAUCCCGAAAAACUGAAGACGUUACAAAUACACGAAGCGAUAGCGCUGCUCUCUCUCUGUUACUAAAAAUACUUAAUGAUACAACUAUAAGAGAAUUAAUUAUAGAAAGACAUCAGCAAGCUUUUGAAAAUUAUCUAAGUGAAACAUCUCUUCCUUGA